UUCGAGCUUCCGUUAGAUGUUGUAUAAUUCGUGUAUAAUAUUACUAUACACGGAUUAUAGGACAUAUGACAGAAGCUCAAAACAAAUGACUGUGAAUGAAAAGCCCUAUAGAGGGAACACGAAAAAAAUUAACAUUAUCCGAUCAGCUCGACUUUCACAGUUCACUACUAUACAAGUUACAGGCAUGUUUUCAGCACUUUUUUUUUUAUUAAUGGCUUUGACAUAGCCAAUUAGCCAUUUUCAGCACUUAAAAUCACCAAAAACGAAAAGUUUAUAAAAUAAUCAAUCUAAUGAAUGUCUUUAAAUACUAUAUUAAGCUCAAAAUCACGAUAAAAAACAAAUUAAAAUUAACAUUAUUCUGAUCAGUUGGACUUCCACAGUUCACUACUAUACAAGUCACAGGCAUGUUGUCAGCACUCAAAAUCACCAAAAACGUAAAGUUUAUAAAAUAAUUAAUCCAAUGAAUGUCUUUAAAUACUAUAUUAAGCUCAAAAUCACGACAAAAAACAAAUUAAAAUUAACAUUAUUCUGAUCAGUUGGACUUCCACAGUUCACUACUAUACAAGUCACAGGCAUGUUGUCAGCACUCAAGAUCACCAAAAACGUAAAGUUUAUAAACUAAUUAAUCUAAUGAAUGUCUUUUAAUACUAAAUUAGCUAAAAAAUCACGACGAAAAACAAAUACGAAAAAUCAAAAAUUACAUUGAGUUUAGGUUAAGAACGGUUUUGUGUGCCAACCAAAGAUCACGUGAUUUAACUUUGACAGGUCGAUGGAUUCCCUAAUUCUGGAUUUCUUAAAUUUUCAUUUAAAAGUGUGGUUAUACAACCGGUUUAUGGAAUAAAACUAAAAUGCUUGUAUUCAGAACUUUAAAAAUGUUUCCAUUAAUAGUUAUUAAGCCAAUAUGUCUUCAAACAACAAGUAGAACACUUAGUAAUUUACCGAAUAUAGCACAUAAAAGUUUACUCCAAACACACAACUUUUCCCAGCUUCAAACAACCAGAAAUUAUGCAAAAGGAAAGGACAAGAAGAAAGAAAAAGGUAAAGGAAAAGUGUUUAUCAAUGAAAACCAACUUACAGAGAUCCUGAAUGUAGAUUCCAUGAAAAAACAAAUGGAAAAACCUUUGGUCCAGUUGAAGGAAGAUUUUAUUAAACACUUAUCACUUCGAUCAACAACAGGUUCCAUUGAUAUGAUCCCUGUUUCACUCGAAGGAAAAGAACACACCCUUCAAGAACUUGCUCAAAUUGUCCGUAAAAACCCCAAAACCAUAGUGAUCAAUAUGUCAAUGUUCCCACAAGCUAUUCCAGCAGCUCUGAAGGCUUUAGAGAAGUCCGGAAUGAAUUUAAAUCCACAACAGGAUGGAACUACCUUGUAUAUUCCCAUUCCCAAGGUAACAAAGGAACACAGAGAAGGCUUAGCCAAGAGUGCCAAGCAAUUUUUCGUGAAAUGCAAAGACGGUAUCAGGGACGUUCAAACCAAAUACAUCAAACAAAUCAAGAGGAGUGACACUUUAUCGCAGGAUCUUUGUAGAAGUGCUGAAAGCCAGAUAAUCGCUAUUGCUGAUACAUAUAUAAGUCAAGGUGAGAAAAUGUUUGAAAGUAAACAGCAAGAACUUAUUGGAAAGGAAUAAUAGUUUGCUGGAUAGAUAUGAGCAUUCAGGGAGGUUGUUAUGUGGAGAAUAAUCAGAAUCAUGCAACUCACAACUUUAAAAUGGUUUUAUACUAAUUCAUUUAUUAGGUUUAUAUGUAAAUAUAUUUUGUUAUUAAAUGUUUUUCAAUGUU